UGAUUAGCAUGUACACAUUUAGUCUUCACGGCACUUUUUAUAUGCUGAAUUCACAUAAACCCCCCCAAGUUCCGAUAUUUCAGGUACCUAUUUUGGCGUUCGACUAUAAAACCCAAAAGGAAAUUACCUAUCUUAGUUGAAUUAUAGCUUCGAGUAAAUAUGCUGCAUAUAAAUGAUUUACAUAUAUAAUUUUAUGAUUUUAUCAGCAAUAGUAUAUUCGCCGACCACUCGGGCAUUUUACGCCUACCUACCUUAGGUAGGUACCUCUAGCGUCGGCUUAUAAAAGGUAUUUAAUAGACGAGUCGGCGGCACCUACUUACUACUCCAAAUAAACAUCUCCUCAGCUAACUGGAACCCAAAGAAAAUAGUCAAAAUAAGCAAAGACUAACUGCACACCACAUUCACCUAUUAGAAUCUUAUUGGCUUUAGCCAUUCAUUUUCCUAACAACUAUUAUCUUACUUUCAGACAGAAGGUCAAUUUCGUCACGAUGUGCAUGAAGGCCAAUUGCGGCACCUGCCACAAAACCACGUGGGUCGGCUGCGGAAGCCAUAUCUCCUCCGUCCUGGACAACAUCCCACCUCAAGAAUGGUGCACCUGUGAGCCCAAGGUCCAGGUGAACGACAAGACGUAUCCUCCAGGAGCCAAAUUUUAAUCGAGGCUCGACGAAUCCAAUUACCUAAAGUUGAAGAUCAUGUCUGGGCGUGGCGUAUGGGAUGAUGGCGGAGUUAUGGGCAGUAGGAGUUGCAGUUUAUCAUCCGAAUUGAGAUUGGCAUCAAUCAUAACGAGUCGCAUAUCUUAACCCUAUUUUCAUCUAUCAAAACUCC